CAAUCGUAUUGCUUUCGUAAUUCGUAUGUUACAAACAGUAAUAUUUUUAAUGAUUAUUGUUUCAAAACAUUUGAUAUGCGUUUUAUCAUUACACCCACGCUAAUACUAAAUAUUAUCUUUAACUUUUAAUUUCCUCCGAACGAGAUAAAUGUUAGCUGCAACAUAAUUAAAGCGGUUGUUUAAUCAGAACGAACGGAUACUGAACAAUAAUUUUAUUUAAUUUUUACAGUUUUUAUGUUUGUUGAAUUUAUAUUUGUGCGUUAUAAUGUACGUUACUACUAAUACUGUACAAAUACUUGCAAUAUUUAUUAUUGUGAAUAUAAGAAUAUCAUUCUCGCAAUUUAACAAACCUUGGAAUGAUAAGUAUGAAAAUAUGUGUCCAAAAUUAUAUCCUAAAUAUUUUGGAAACUACUCACCGGCUGGAAAUCUCACAGCUGGAAAUUUCUCAGAAAAGAAGGAAUUGAAAGGUGUUAAGCAGUGUGUGAUGGCCUGUUGCCUUGCCGAGUUGUGCAAUGUUGCCUUCACUGUGGAUUCUAGAUGCUAUCAUAUAGAAUGUGUGAGUGAUGAACUCUGCCUACCCCUGCCUCGACCUGGGGCACAUAAGUGGGAUUCACAUGUUGCUAUGGUUUUAGUUAAACCUGUUUUACCUAAUGAAAACUGGCUGGAAAUUUUAGAUCAAUCUAAUAAUAGAGAAGUAACUAACAACUUCUCACAAGAAGAUGAAGUGUACCCACCAUAUACAGGGCGAUACACUGAUCUAUUGACAGAGGAUGAGGAUUUUCUCUCUCAUUUCCUUAACAACUUACCCAACAAUGAGGACGAGGGUACUCAAACAUUCAGCAAGUUUAGAGAGAAUUCUGACAAUGAAAUGAUAAUGGAUGCAACAAAUUAUCUGGAAAAAGUACCCUGUGUUGUGGGUGUAGCUGAUGACUGCCCUUUUAACUCUGAAUGUGUCUCACUAGGGUUAAAAUUACGUAAUGGCAUAUGUAAAUGUAUUGCUGGCACUGAAGAGAAUGCCCAAGGUGCUUGUAUUCAAUCAAUAAGACCAUACUCUAAAGAUACUACAAUAUCACUGGAUACAAAGAAAGAUGAUGACUUAGCUGUUACAAAACUCAGUGAUACAAAAUCUGAUACACCAGCGCCUAGGCAAAAUUUAACUGUUUCAAUAUUAUCAAAACAGGUUCAACUUCCCGAUAAUGAGGUGACUUUGGCAGCAUACACAAUACCUGAUGAAAAGUCUACUGGUAGUCAUUACAACUAUGUGUGGACCCUUGUAGAUCAACCUAAGGAUGGUUUUACUGGUAAUAUGAAUCAAAAUGGAGCAUCAGUCACUUUAACAGAUUUAACCGAAGGACAGUAUAGGUUCAAAGUGACAGUGAACGGUACAAAUUCGUAUGGUGAAGGUUUUGCGAAUGUAACAGUUUUACCACCGAAGCGGACAAACACGCCGCCAUUGGUGGUGAUCACACCACAAGCACAGACGGUGAAACUUCCCAAUUCUGUUGCUGUGCUAGAUGGCAGUGCGAGUAAGGAUGAUGAUGCAAUAAUAUCUUGGCAUUGGGACUUAACUGCCGGACCUAUAGGCUACCAACCACCUCUGCAGGAUGGACCCACACUAGUGUUGAAAGACUUGAAGCAGCCCGGCAAUUAUACAUUCAAACUGACCGUAGAAGAUUCUGACCAUGUCAAAAAUUUUACAACCGCCAAUAUAACUGUUUUGAAUCAUAUUGAUUAUCCACCAGAAGCUAAUGCAGGUCAAGAUGUAAUAAUAUAUUUACCGAAAAACAACUUGACAUUGAAUGGCAGUCUGUCGACUGACGACCACGAGAUCACAUCCUGGGAGUGGACGAAGUCAGCCGAGGACGAGAAUAAAGCUGUGGAUAUGCAGAACACGCAUUCUCCAUACUUACAGCUAUCAAAUCUAUCGGAGGGCGUGUACACGUUCGUGCUGAAGGUGACGGACUCGUCGGGGCAGGUGUCGACCGCGGAAGUGCACGUGUUCGUGAAGCCGCCCACCAACACGCCACCCGUCGCCGACGCCGGACCUGAUACUUUCAUCUCGCUGCCACAAACGUGGGUGACACUAAACGGAUCCGGUUCCCAUGACGACCACCGCAUAGUGGCGUACACGUGGCGUUGCGUCGCGGGACCCACCAACGCCACGCUGCUCCGCCACAACGAGUCGCUCGCUAACGCCACUGCACUCACUAAAGGACAGUACGUGUUCUCGCUCACCGUGCUCGAUGACAAUGGAAACUCGGCCACCAAGAAUGUCACCGUCACUGUCACACAGAAUAAGAACAGUCCCCCAAAAGCGGUGGCGGGCGGGGACCAGGUGCUGGCGCUGCCGCUGGCGGUGCUGGUGCUGAACGGCAGUCGCUCGCACGACGACUUCCGCAUCGUGUCCUGGAAGUGGACCCGCGCCGGCGCCGGCCUCGCCGCAGGCACCGUCAUACUCGACUCUGACACCAAGCCCGUGCUUAUGUUAACAAACAUAGAAUCGGGUAGAUACGUGUUCGAGUUGACAGUGACGGACGACCAGGGCGAGUCUGACCGGGACGCGGUCAGCGUUCAAGUGAAACCGGACCCCCUAGAGAUGAACCUACUGGAGCUGACGCUGCACACGCCCGCCUCCGCCUUCACCAAGAGUCAGCUGGACACCCUCGUGCAGAAGAUCACGUUGCUACUCAAAGAUGAUAUUAAAGUUAAUGUCACUCAAAUACGAAGCGAAGUCGACUCUGGAAAUACGCAGAUUAUAUUCUUUUUAUCGGAAAAGGGCGUGGCGGUGGAGGGCGUGCGCGCGUUGGGUCUGCUGCGGGGUGGGGGUGUGGGCGGGGGCGCGGGCGGGCUGGGCGUGGCGCGGCUGCGCUCGCUGCGCUGCCUCAGUGCGUGCUCGGGCCGCGGCGUGUGCGACCGCGCCACACGCACCUGCCGCUGCGACGCCUUCUGGAUGCAGAGCCUCUUCACACAGUUCGACCCUGAUGCGAUGCCCGACUGCGAGUGGUCUGUGGUGUACGCGAGCCUGUGCGGCGUGGCGGCGGCGUGCGCAGCGUGCGCGGCGUGCGGCGCGGCCGUGCGGCUGCUGCGCCGCGUGUGCGCGCCUCGCAAGCCGCGCGCGCGCCCGCACUACCGCCUGCUGCCGCGCGCCGACGAACACAAACCAUUUACAAGCAAAGACGUGUCAGAAUCGGAUACGGAAUCGGACGUGUUGUACGAAUCUAAGAGCAAAUCGAGUUUGUUCUCGAGCCGCGCCAACAACGGGGACGUCGUCGCCAACGGAUGGAAGAAGAACGGACUGAAACCUUCCCGUAAAGUGAAAACAUAAUUAUUACAUGUUCAUACAUAUUAUAAAAUUGUAACUAUAGUAUCCACGGUAAUCCGAUAUCCGACAAAAUAUAGGUUAUCCGACAAAUGUAGAAUAUGCAUUUAUUAUAUUAUAUUGUACUAGCUGUUGCUAGCAUCUUCGUCCGUGUAAUGUAGCUAUUUAUUGUAAAAGAUUUUUUACAUACGGCCCAGUAGCUUUUGAGUUAUUUCAAUAUAUUUAUAUAUAAC